GUUGCGGUUGAACUCCCGAGCGCUCAGCUGACUCGAGAGGAGGAAUCGUCGCACACGGGGAAUCAUGGCGGCGGAGAUCCACUCGAGGCCCCAGAGCUCCAGACUCGUUCUCCUCAACAAGAUCGAGGGCCACAGCGACGGCGUGAACGCGGCGGUGCUGAUCCCGAAGGAGGAUGGCGUCAUCACGGUCAGCGAGGACAGGACGAUUCGAGUUUGGCUGAAGCGGGACAGUGGACAGUACUGGCCCAGCAUCUACCACACUGUGUCCUCUCCGUGCUCCUGUAUGUCAUAUCACCACGAGAGCAGGCGGAUCUUCAUAGGACAGGACAAUGGAGCUGUUGUGGAGUUCCUCAUCUCAGAAGACUUCAACAAAAUGAAUCAUGUCAAAACAUACCCAGCUCAUCAGAACCGUGUGUCGGACCUCAUCUUCUCUCUGGAGAGUCAGUGGGUGAUCAGCACAGGUCAUGAUAAAAGCAUCAGCUGGAUGAGCACUCAGAGCGGCUCUAUGCUGGGACGACACAGCUUCGGCUCUUGGGCUUCCUGUUUACAAUAUGAUAAGGAUACCCAGCAUGCCUUUGUGGGAGAUCAUUCAGGUCAGAUCACUCUUCUGAAACUGGACGAACAGACAUGUUCGGUCAUUACUACACUAAAGGGACAUGAAGGUAGUGUUGGUGUGUUAUACUGGGAUCCGGUUCAGAGGUGGCUGUUCUCCGGAGCGUCUGAUCACAGUGUGAUCAUGUGGGACAUUGGUGGCAGACAGGGACGCACAUUACUACUGCAGGGACACCAUGAGAAGGUCCAGGCGCUGCGGUAUCUGCCGUUGACCCGUCAGCUGGUGUCCUGCUCUGCCGAUGGAGGAAUAACAGUGUGGAACAUGGAGACAACACGAGAAGAGGCUCCGCAGUGGCAGGAAAGUGAUUCCUGUCAGAAAUGCGAACAGCCCUUUUUUUGGAAUAUAAAGCAGAUGUGGGACUCGAAGACCUUGGGGCUCCGACAGCAUCACUGCAGGAAGUGUGGCAAGGCGAUCUGUGGGAAGUGUAGUUCUAAACGCUCCACGUACCCCAUCAUGGGCUUUGAGUUCCAGGUGCGCAUGUGUGACGACUGCUACGACACAAUCAAAGAGGAAGAUCGGACUCCUCUGGCUACGUUUCAUGAAGGGAAACACAACAUCGGUCACAUGGACAUGGACCCGAGCCGAGGACUGAUGGUCACCUGUGGGAGUGAUCGAGUUGUUAAGAUCUGGGACAUGACGCAGGUGGUGGGCAGCAGUGUAGCGGCGGGAUUCUCUCCUCGCUGAUUGGCUGUUUCUGAAGGCACCGCCCACACUCCGCCAACAGAGAUCAUGGAAACGCUCACCUACCUGUCUUAACUCUCUCGUCCUUCAGCUGUGGAGUCUGUGCAAAACGGACACUUCAGCACGGUGUCUGUGAAUAUGUGUGUGGUUGGGAUGCUCCUUGAUUUUAUGAAUCAGUCGUUCAAGUCUCGUAUGAGGUAUGAUGACCUGGAUUUGAGUAAACAUGAACUCAAGGUACUUCUGAAAACACAAUAUUUGUGCUCUUUCUGUGUGUGUGUGUGUGUUUGUGUGUGUAUGUGGCGCUUUGUCACAGACUGAAGGUUUCUGGCAUUUUGUAUUUCCUCUAUCCAGAAGUACCACUCGAACACAGGAAGUAUUCCUUCAUCACAUCCUGUUUCUUCUUCAGCCAUCUUUCUUGUUUAUCCAUUUUACUUUUUAGAAUUUGAAUGCUACUACUGGUCAUAGUAACCAGCACUCAUGUUACCAUGGAAAUUAGUGUUCCAUAGUAACGAUGGAACAUUCCCGUACAAACUCUAAAAUGUGACUGGAAGCCCAACAGUGAAGUGAAGAUAGAGUUCAAACUAAGAGACGGACAGGUUCAGGUCAGAUAGGUGAGGGACAUUAAGUGUAGCAUAAAAUCCAUGGAGCAUAGUUAAUACCGUAGUGUUCAAUUGUAAAACACUAUUUAUAGCACUAAUUAUCGGUUCUCUGUGAUUUAAGGACAAAUUAUAGUAUGGAGGCUUGUUUCUGCCAUGAGAU